AGAUUGCACCCCCAAAAAGUAUCACAACAGAUUUUAGAUUGCAAAAAAAAAAAAAAAAAAAAAAAAAAAAAAAAAAAAAAAAAAAAAAACCUUCAAAUCUUUCGCACUCAAAAGUCACAAACACUGUCAUUCCCACCUUCCCCCUUUCAAUACGGAGCAGUAUAUGCAACAAACAAACAACCAGAUUCAAAUCUUAAAAAGAGUUCAGAGUUCAAAAAACACGAUAACCCAUCAAAUCACAAUCUCAAUUAAUUGUAAUCUAAUAGGCUUUGGGUUAUUGACGAUAACCCAUCCAAUCACAAUCUCCAUUAGUCGUAAUCUUAUAGGCUUUGGAUUAUCGGGUAUAUACCGUAUAUCAUCGGGCGUCCUGUCGUGUCGUGUCGGUCCCUCAAAUUCAGUAUUCAUCCUCCAUAGUUGGAAUUGACCCAGCAACUGUACAAAAGGUUGCUUCCACGAUCUCUUUCCUCUGCUUAGAAUCCAUCAAAACUUGCACUAUUUACUCCAAAUAUACUACUUCUAUAUUUUUUCAUACUCAAAAAAGUUUAAGCCUUUAAGCAUUUUGAACGCAUUCUUCCUUUCUUUCUAGUUUCUACCAAUUUUUACACCCACCGCUUCCUUGCCGACCCUCAAAAAAAUUUUUAAAUUAGAAAAUAGAAAAAGGGUUUUCUAAUAGAUUCUGAAGAAAAUCGUUUGUGGAGUUGAAGAAGGCUGAUUGUUUUUUCAUCAACAAAAGUGAACUGGUGAAGUGUUUUUUUAUUAUAAUAUAAAGAUCAUAGACUGUGAAGUUGUCUUGCCCUUCCUCUAUAAUGGCAGUGGAAAACGAUGAUGUUCCAGCUAGCAAUGAAGCAAACAAUAGCAAUGAAGACAAAUCACUAGAUCACUCUACUGGAAAGCCUCGCACCACUAAGAAAGUUCCUCAUUAUCUUAGAGUGUCUACUGGUUCCUGCCAUGAUGCCUGCAAGCAUGGGAUUACCCACAAUAAGCCAAUUCGCCCUGAAAGGAGGAGAAUGUCAGCACCACUUCCGCAUGGAAAAAAGACAGUAAAGAUUGAAAUAUAUGUUGAUAAAAAGGUUCAAAAAGCAGUUCAGUCUAACGACCUUGCACUUCCAUCAGCCAAAGAGUCUGCUCCUGCUAACAAUAAAUUGAUGAGAAAUUUACAGUCAUCUAGGAAAUCCCCUGUCCAUGAUUCGUCAAAAGUAGCUAAGCUAGAAGCGAGAUCAUCUAUCAAAUCUUCUUCACCUGAUGCUCCAAAAGUGGUCAAGAAGGUAGUUCCAUCCUCUGGAAAGUCAUCUUUGCCCAAUGCCUUGAAAAUCUCAAAGCAUGAAGUUGCUUCAACUGCUAAAAAACCAGUUUCAUCAAAUCGGAUACCUUUAAAUCCUAGGGAAAGGAAUGUUUCUGAGGGUCCUUUGAAACUGAACAGUUGGGCUAAGAAGCCAUCACCUUCAACCAAUACCAUGAAGAUCUCAAAGCCAGAAGUUGCCUCAGCUGCAAAAAAGAGUGUUUCAUCAAAGCGGACUUCUAUAAAUUUUGAGGAAAGGAAUGGUUCUGUAGGUUCUCCGAAGCCAAACGGUAGGGGUGAGAAGCCAUCAUCUUCCCUAAGCUCCUUAAGAUUAAGGAGCAAGCAGACUAGUGAGACUAAAAGUGGUGCUAAUCUAAGAACCUCUAGAGUUGCUGUCGUGAAGACUCAGGCUCCUUCAGCUGCCUCAUUGUCUCUAAGGACUUCGAAAGUGGAGGUGAAAAAACUCUUGCAUCCAACAACAGCUGGCGGAGGCCCUAAAGAACAGAACCGGAGAGGUCUAGCUUUUGUCAAGAAUCAGAUGUUAGCUAAGGUAGCUGAACCCAAGGAGCUUGCUGAUGAGAAGGUUGAGGAGAAAACAGUGCAUAUGAUUGAGACUGAGGAUAAUCCUUCAACUGCUCCUGAUACAGGCCUCUUGAUUCAAUCUCCUUCUCCUUUGUCACCAGAGUCGCUUAAUUCAUCCUCCCAAGGAAAUUCUCUCUCUUUCACUUCUCGUGAGGUUGAUGACCGGUGUGAGUUGGAUUCAGAGUAUACUGAUAGUGAUGCUGAGGGCUCAGUCUCUAACUACAAUAGCUCUGGUGAUUCAAAAGCAGCUGAUAGCUUAAAAGACGGAAAGGAACUGACACAUGAUUCUGAGGGUCGGGACCCUGCAUCUUUAAAGCUGAAGUUUCGGAAGGCAAAGGUGGUUGAACAACAAUCUGAAACCAACAUUCCGAGAAGGCUACGAUUUAGGAAAGGCAGGACCUUGGGUGAUAAGCAAGAUACUAAUGGUAGGGCCCACCGGAACAGCUACAAGGAAAGGGCUGCUGAAUGUAACAAAAAGGAGGCAGAAAUUGGUGUGGCAAAGGUUAAUUUGAAGCACCAAGAAAUGGAGACUAAGAAAGAUGAGCAAGUUUCAUAUAAUAAUGUGAUCGAAGAAACUGCUAGUAAGCUUGUUGAGAAGAGGAAGAGUAAAGUAAAGGCUUUGGUGGGUGCUUUUGAAACGGUCAUAUCUCUCCAGGAACGCAAACCAUCUGCUGCUGCUGAUAGAUGACACUUGACAACUUGACCAUUUCUAAUUAAAUUUGUGUUACUGAGAGACUCAUUGGUGCGAGUAACUAACAACGGUUUGAAUGGGAAAGCUUGCAGGUUGCAGCCUCUAUAAACUUUGAUAGGUUAAAAAUGUACUUCUGACUUUAUUUUUAAGUCCCUUAUGGACUUAGUUUGGAAGAGCCGAUGACUUUUAGGCUUUUAGGAAUGAAAAUUGUAAAUGAACUGAUUUCUUAAAUAAAUAAAUAAUAUGGUAUGGUUGGUGAUGGCUAUGUAA